AUGGGUUCCCGUUAUACGGCCACCUCGUUAGGUACCACAAAUUUCGAAUCUGUUGGCAGUGUGGUUGAUGAUCUGGUCUCAAAUCGGGCUGUGUGGCGCAAAAUCUGUUGCAUCAUUCUGUGUGUUCUGUUUGUGAUCGAUGCGUGGGCAGUGAUCGGAUUGCAUAUUCUCAAUUUCACUAAUCAGACCGCGUUGGAAGCGACCGUAUCCGUGGUUGUACUUAUUGUGGGACAAUACAUUGGUAUUUUUAAGACCUAUAUUCUCAACAUAAAUCUCGUCACGAUUAUGUACACUGGCAUCUUGAGUAGUAGUUUCAAGAAAGAUCGUCACUCAUACGCUGCAUGA